AGCGACAGUCAAAGUAUUACUGAUGGGUGCAUGCGUUCGGCGCUGACUCCGACGCUCAUUCUGCAUCUGGCAGGGAGUCGCACGUGACCGUCGGUGAGCAUGAAGAUUUACUACGUCGUGUUAGCUGCUGCUGCGCUGCUGGCGUCGCUGCCAACGAGUUCGAGCGAGGUCGAAGUCGCGCGUCAAGUCGCGACUACCGAGAAUAAGGUCUAUCUUCGGAGAUCGCUGGUGGAUACGACGACUAGCGAAGAGCAAAAUUACACUGGUAAUGAAGAAUCGGACGAUUUGGAUUCCGUAAAUGAAGCAGAAGAAGAAUUGGAUGAAAAGGAGGAGGAAGAGAACAAGAAAAGUCAAACGACUGAUACGUCUGAGUAUGUGUCCGAAGAAGAAGAUUAUGAGAAGGAAGACGAGAACGUUGAUGACUCAACGACCAGCCCACCAGCCUACCCAAAAGAGUCGUAUGAUGCUGAAGAGGAAGAAGAAUUUAACGAAGAGAAGGAAGAGACCAACCCGACCACGGAGUCAAACUUUCCAUCUAGUGAAUCAUCGGUUGAUGUGGCCUCGUCUGAAGAAGAAUCUGUGCAAGAAGAUCAGCAAACUGAAGCUCCGGUGAGUUCUCCAGCCCCUGAAGCAGUUUAUACAACGACUGAGGGGUCAAGCGUAGCUGAAGUGGACGAGGAAAAUGAGACUGAAGACAAGAGUGGAGAGACAUCUGCACCUGGUUACGAGACGAUGGUGGACUCGUCUGCAGAGUCGUCGAUCGAUGUGGGUGAAGGUGAAGAGGAGUUUGAAGAAGAAGAUCAAAGCACUCAAGCUCCGACGAGUUCCCCAACCCCCGAAGCUACACAAACAACGGAAUCGUCGAGUGCCGCUGAAGCGGAGGAGUCGGACGAGGGUGAAGACAAGAGUGUGCAAACAUCUUCAACUGGUUAUGAGACGACGGAGUCUGACGAAGCUGUCUCACAAGAAAAUCAGCAAACCGAAGCCCCGACCACCACUGAUGAAUCCACAACAACGACCGAGUCGUCGAGUGUUGCUGACGCGGACAAGGAACCUGACGAGACUGAGCAGGUUGAGGACAAGAGCACGACAGCAUCGUCAACUGGUGCUGAGACGACGGUUCCUGAGAAUGAAGAGGAGAACGCAGAGCAGAGCACUGAAGCACCAACGAGUGCUCCUACACCAGAAGCAACUACCACAACGGAGUAUUCGAAUGUAGCUGAAGCGGAGGAGGAACCAAACGAGACCGAAAGUGAAGAAAAGAGCGUCCAAGAGUCUUCACCUGGUUAUCAGACGACGGAAUCAACUACUGUUGAAAAUGAGACUGAAGAGGACACUGAACCUGGUGAUGAAGACUCCAGUGACGAAGACUCCAGUGACGAAUCAAGUGAUGAGUCCAGUGACGAGUAUUCUGAUGACUCUACGGCUGACAGUGAUGAUGACUCGGUGGAAAAUGGCGAACGUGAGAUCGAUGAAGAAUCGGACGAUGCAGAGACUGAGUAAAGCGGUUGAUGAGAGCUACGUGAAGGCAAAGCUAGUAGAUUUCUGAGGAAAUCCACCCCGUUUUCACUGAGGUCUUGUUGCCGCCAUUGUUUGUCUUCAUCGCUCCAGCUCACUUUGCCAGCGAUCUUGUCCCCAAUCUCGUGUUUCAACAUAUACUGAAAUACCGGUUUCCCUACCAUCAUCUCGAUCUUGUUGGCAUUCGAGUUGACAUCCAUGAGUGCAUGGCGUACACGGAAACUAGUGGCGCUUUCCAAUUCACACGGUAACACACCGGUAUCCUCAACUAUUGUCGUCAUUUUCGCCUGUGUUUUCCCCAACUGUUUAAUUACCAUAUCCGUUUGUGCAGGUCUGCACACAGUAAUGCAGCCAAAUCCAUCAUCGCGCAGAGCAGAGUGACUCAGUUUAACCACCGUGUUGCAUCCGCAGACGUACAUGACGUGAAAGCGAUAGUGAGGGAAAUGUGACUCGCACAUCUCUCUUAUAUGAGUUAGUGUACUCAAAUAGUCGAGUACUCUUCGUCGAGUGAUCUCCCAUUUGUCCACUUCGAUCCACGAUGACGAUACCACUGCAGUCUCUAUCAACGCCAGUCGAUGUCGUUUAGUGAUCAUUUCACGCGUGUUACGGCGAUUCUUGACACGUACAAACGUAUCGUGAGAUGGCGAGAUGAAAGCUCCAACGACUGGGAAUUUGUAGUUGGCCUCGACGUACUGCCGUGCAACGUAAAAAGCACGAAUGUGCAGCAUGUGAAUGGGGUUGUAAGCCCCGCUAGAAACCAAAACUAUCACGUCGGUUUUCUGGGAUGGAGAGUCAGGAGAGAAAGAAUCGGUGCCUCGAAGUUGUUCUAGGUUCUGCGCGACCUUGAGAAGCGGGUACUGAAUACUCCAAAGAGGGUGAGAAUGUGGCGGCGUUGGUCGAACCAGGCUGCGGUGCUUGAAAGGCGAUCCAUCCUUUACAAGGACUGCUAGCUUGUCGCGAAUAAUAGUGACAGACUGCUCUGAUUCAACAUCGAGAAGAAAUUUAAUGACAUCUCCAAUCUCAGCAUCCACAAGCUUCUUGAGUAACACGAGCUGCACGUAGCACAGUCUCGCAUUAGCGGUUUAAACUCUUCAUAUCUAGUCUACGAUAACGUACCUCAUCUUCAGGAAUCGUAGCCACAGUACUCAAGCGCCUGAGAAUCUGGUACAACCGAUUUCUCUGGGAUAUCGCAAACGUAGCGGUUUCACCUUCUUGGCCGAUUAUGAUCUUGGUUUCCUCGAAAUGUGGGGAUCUAGUGCCGCAACUAUCGGUUUUCGAGAAUUCUACUUGAUCCAAAGUGGCAUCGACAUCGAUUGCAAGAGUGCUGGGAAUGAAAGCUAAGGUUUUUACAACAGGCUCAUCGGUAGUUAUGUCAACACAUUUCCCAGCCGGAGCUACCGUCACAUUCCGUGAUGUUGUUGCGGGUGCUGUGGUUGCUCGAUCAUUUAAAAACGCGACACCAGCGAUAGUUUGAAUCGUUUUCAGUUCACUAGUAGACUUGACACCAUUUGUUGACGACGCAGGUAGUCCUCCACUAGGAAACUUUAGCAUCAACGCAAGUCAAUUAGUCCGCUUUGUUAGUAUUAAACACAAUAUUCCUACCACGGAUUCAGCAUGGGCGUCUGUCAAUGGAGG